AAAAGGUAUGUGUAAGAAUAGAAAUGUCAAUGGCGUUUCAACGACGACAGCGCUCCUGCGGAGACCGUCCUAACGACUGAAACAUCUUCUCCAAACAUGUCUAAAGUAUAAAACCCACGUUUAUUAGACCUCGAAUUAUCCUAAAGUGUCGUCCUUUACUUAACCCGCAUCGAAAGUUUCCAUCUUUUUUCGUUUACUAAUCAUGGAGGUGGAAGAAGAUAGCAAGAUUCCUGGGAUUGUAGAAGAAAAUGGGCAUGGUGGAAGUGAUCUGACGAAGAAGAAGAAGUAUUGGAUGGGUUGUCUUAGAGCUGAAUCUGACGAGAGUGGUAACGUUGAUUUGAGUGUUGAUUUCCCUGGGGAACGCGCUGAGCCUACUCAUCUAGUCGUCAUGGUCAACGGUCUCAUCGGAAGUGCUCAGAACUGGAGAUUUGCUGCUAAGCAGAUGCUUAAGAAGUAUCCUCAGGAUCUCAUCGUUCACUGCAGUAGACGGAACCAUUCUACACAGACGUUUGAUGGAGUUGAUGUUAUGGGUCAAAGAUUAGCAGAAGAGGUUAGGAUGGUGAUCAAACGUCACCCAAGUCUUCAGAAGAUUUCCUUUGUGGGACAUUCUUUAGGUGGCUUGAUUGCUAGGUAUGCAGUUGCCUGUCUUUAUGAGCAAGAUCUUCCACAAAACAGUGAGGAACCAAAAGAGAGAAUCGGUGGAUUGGAGCCUGUGUGUUUUAUAACUUCUGCAACGCCACACCUUGGUUCAAGAGGACAUAAGCAGGUCCCAUUGUUCUCUGGAUCUCACACUUUGGAGAAGUUAGCUACGCGUAUGUCAUGGUGUCUUGGUAAAACGGGGAAACAUCUUUUCUUAGCUGAUGGUGAUGAUGAUGGGAAGCCUCCCUUACUCCUCCGUAUGGUUAGUGACCGUAGAAACCUUAAAUUCAUUUCUGCUUUGAGGUGCUUCAAGCGGCGUAUUGCUUAUGCAAACACAAGCUUUGACCACCUAGUAGGCUGGAGCACAUCGUCUAUCAGGCGACGCAGCGAGCUUCCUAAGCUUCAACGCGGUCCAGUCAACGAGAAGUAUCCUCACAUUGUAAACGUUGAAGCACCAGGUACUUCAAGUAACCAUGAGGAAGUUCAAUCAGAGACCAACUCAAACGAGUCCAAGAAUUUUGAUAUGGAAGAGGAGAUGAUAAGAGAGCUAACAAAAAUGAAGUGGGAACGAGUUGAUGUUAGUUUCAGAGGAACCGUACAAAGAUUUCUCGCUCACAAUACCAUUCAGGUGAAAACGAAGAUGAUCAAUUCAGCUGGAGCAGAUGUUAUACAACACAUGAUUGACAAUUUUGAGCCAUAGUGUAUCUGAAGAUUGCAGCACGUCCCUCACAAGGGGAGAUAUACAUACCUCUCUGUAAAACUAUAGGAGUAAUAAAUUUUGUAUUCCCAUUCUGUAACCACUGAUCUUACAAUGCAACUUAAAACUAUAAAAGCCUCUGGAAAGGAACAACACUUCAACCUAUGAACUUGUUCGAGUUAUAAAACAAAUACAUGAACUUUAUAGUUA